AUGCUAUUCUAUCCACUCCUUAUUUCUCUCGCGCUCCAGGUGAGCAGCGUGAAUGCCAACCCGGUUGAGCGACGAUCCUCCCAGUUGAGCCCUCUUACGAAUCGUGAAUUUGAUUACGUGGUUGUUGGUGGAGGUACAGGCGGAAAUGUAAUCGCAACGCGACUGGCACAAAAGUCGUUUAAGGUCGCACUGGUGGAAGCUGGAGGUCAUUACGAGGUGCAGUCUCUAGCAGCAGUUCCUGCAGCUGAUGUGCUUCCUGUCGGAUCGGAUCCAGAUACUUCUUCUGCUGUGGAUUGGGGAUUUGUUACCAAGGAUCAGCCGGGUGCCAAUGGGCGCUCUAUUCACUAUGCACGAGGCAAGUGCCUUGGUGGAUCGUCUGCCCUAAAUUUUAUGAUCUAUCAACGGCCGACGAUCGAAUCUAUGCAGCUAUGGGCCGAUGCGGUCAACGAUACCAGCUAUACCUUCGACGAAACUCUUCCAUACUAUAAGAGGAGUGUUCAUUUCACCCCGCCGAAGGCUAAUCUACGAGCUUCCAAUGCCACUGCAAAGUACGACCCUGAUGCAUUUGACAAGAAUGGUGGGCCAUUAGAGGUGUCAUAUGCCAACUAUGCUCAGCCCUUCUCAUCUUGGAUGAACUUGGGUAUGCAAGCCAUUGGGAUCAAAGAGGUCGAUGACUUCAACCAAGGCUCAUUGAUGGGAGGACAAUAUUGCUCUUCGACAAUCGAUCCUGCGAACGAAAUUCGCAGCAGCUCAGAGGAAUCUUUCCUCUCAAAGAUCACACCGGCUAGUCUAACGACAUAUACAAAUACCCUCGCGAAGAAGGUCAUUUUCAAUCAGAACAAAAAGGCAACUGGCGUUCAGGUCAGGGGAUUACUGGGAAAUACUGUCACUCUUUCUGCGUCAAAGGAGGUCAUCCUUUCAGCGGGCGCUUUCCAGUCACCUCAAUUAUUGAUGGUCUCUGGCGUUGGUCCGGCGGAUACCUUGAAUGAGCACGGGAUUGACAUCGUCGCUGAACUACCCGGAGUUGGUCAGAAUAUGUGGGAUCACCCAUUCUUCGCCCCUUCGUAUCGAGUCCAGGUAUCCACCCUGACCGAGUUUGCGAACAACCUCAUAUAUGCAGCGGGCAGAGUUAUGAGUGGUAUCUUGAUGAAGACAGGCCCAAUCACCAAUCCAGUUUCCGACUACCUGGCAUGGGAAAAGAUCCCUCAAUCAUUACGCUCGACGUUUUCCAAGGCAACGCGGAGUGCCUUAUCCAGAUUCUCCAACGACUGGCCGGAGGCUGAGUACAUUUCCGGGGCCGGAUACAUGGGUAACAUUUCCAACCUUUUGGAAGAUCAACCGAAGGAUGGAUACCAGUACGCAUCGAUACUUGGAGUACUAGUCGCACCGCUUUCCAGAGGAAAUGUGACAUUGAAAUCAAGCGAUACGUCGGAUUUGCCCAUAAUUAAUCCAAACUGGCUUGGUGAUACCGCAGAUCAGGAAGUCGCAAUUGCUAUGUUUAAGCGAAUCCGAGCAGCUUUCAAGAGCGAUGCCAUGGCCCCGGUCGUGAUUGGGAAGGAAUAUUACCCAGGACAAAACGUUCAGUCAGAUGGGGAAAUCCUCGAGUUCAUCAAGGACAAUGUGAUGACCCUGUGGCACGCUGGUUGCACUUGUAAAAUGGGAACGUAUGAUGACAAAAUGGCUGUGGUCGACUCGCAGGCUCGUGUGUUUGGAGUUGAGGGCCUGCGAGUCGUGGAUGCUAGCGCUUUUCCAUUCCUACCCCCGGUCAUCCCCAGUCCACAGUUUGGGAUUGGAAAUGAGGUGACUUUUCGAUAA